CAAAACACAUUGUCAAAAAUAUAACCUAAAAAACGAAUUUAUUUAGUAAAUAUAUAAAUUAUAAAAAAUGGUAGCAAUUUCAAAUAAAGAUAACACUUUAGUGUAUAAAGGAAGUGCUUGGUUUAAACAACGUUUAAUUCUAUCAAUAUUAAGCGGAAAAGCAGUAAAAAUAAUUGAUAUAAGAACGAAAGAUGAUGAGCCGGGUUUAAGAGAAUACGAAGACAAAUUAAUACGAUUAUUUGAUAAACUAACAAACGGAACGAUCGUUGAAUUAAACGCAACUGGAACAAGUAUUUAUUUUCAACCUGGUUUAUUAAACGGGGGUGUUAUUAAACAUGAUUGCGGAACGGAACGAUCUAUAGGAUAUUAUUUGGAGGCUUGUUUAAUGUUGGGAUUUUUUUGUAAACAACCAUUAAAUGUAACAUUACAAGGUGUUACAUCAAACGUUAUAGACCCAUCUGUUGAUCAUAUUAAAAUUUCUUCAAUACCUGUUUUAAAAAAGUUUGUUGUUGAUGAUGAAGGUAUUGAAUUAAAAAUAACUAAAAGAGGUGUUUUACCAAACGGAGGUGGUGAAGUUGUUUUUAAAUGCCCCAUUCGAACUAAAUUAAGACCAAUUCAAUUACUUGAUUUUGGAAUGGUUAAAAGAAUUCGGGGGACGGCGUAUGCGCUAAGAAUGUCGCCUUCAAUGGCUAAUCGUAUGGUUGAAUCCGCGAAAGGAGUUCUUUUAAAUUUUUUACCUGACGUUUUUAUAAGUACUGAUCAACGGAAAGGGAACCAAUCUGGUAAAAGCCCCGGUUUUGGGGUCCAUUUAUAUGCUGAAACAACAACAGGGAUUUUUUACUCAUCAGAAGCUGUUUCAAAAGUAUUACAACCAGGCGAUACGCCUUCGAUUCCAGAAGAUGUUGGGGUUUUGGCUGCUCAAAGGUUAUGUGAGGAAAUUUUGAAUGGAGGAUGUACUGAUUCCGCAUCUCAAUCAUUGGCGAUUUUAUUUAUGGCUUUAGGACAAAAAGAUGUUUCAAAAAUCGUUUUGGGACCACUUAGUGAUUAUUCAAUUAGUUUUUUACAACAUAUUAGAGAAUUUUUUGGGGUUACAUUUAAAAUAGAAAAUUAUCAAUGUGAAGAUGAUGAAGUGGAAAGUGAUAAAGUGUUGUUAACUUGUUUGGGAAUUGGGUAUAGUAAUAUAAGUAAAAAAACUUUUUGAUAGUUUACUUAGGAAUUUUUUAAUAAUAAAAAUAAAGUUGAAACUCUA